AUGCCUUCCAUACCUCCCAGAGAGUCCCCGGUGCCCCAAGAGGCGCAAGAGGAGCCCUCGACACCCGAGGACCAAAUAUUGACCGCUUUUUAUGCAAAUGCGCCUCCAGAUCUGAUUGGACUCGAAAUUAAGUGCAGAAUGUAUGUGACUUGGGAUAAAUCUGGCCCCCUUGAGUACGAUAUGUACGUUAGUAUCGACAAGACAGUUAGGCCACUAGGAGGACUACAAAUUCUCGGAGCGUUGCGGAGCGUGGAGGUUUCCUACUAUACUGAACGUUCAGUUACAGAGAAUGGGGUUACACCAAUCGCCGUGAGCAGGCACGCCUUGGAAUUCGUCAACGGCAAUCAAAUGGAAACCAGAUUUCACGCCGAUAUGCACGAAGUUAGGUGGGACCAGUUUCUUAUUAUUGGAGUUGAAUUCCCUGCAAACACAGUCCAUUACAACUCUGAGAUAAUUAAUUUUAAUCAAGGGCAGUAUGGAAUCACGCGUAGAACAAUCGAAACUAUGCAAAAGCUUCAUUUGAGGACUACCCGCGAUCGGGAUCCUAUCCGCGGGAGAGCAGAUAACUCUAUCUAUGCGCAGACACUGUUCAGCCACGCGGGUCUCUUCUCGGGUUCUGAGUCAAGUUCUCGCACUGGGUCCGUUGAGACCGGUGAGAUCCAGUGGCCUCCGGAGCCCGAGAGUUCACAUAGCGAGGCUUAG